AUGCCCUCUGUGCUGUGUUCGUAUCUGCGCGUGCUGCUGGCCGUCCGUAUUGCGCUGGGAGCUGUGGUGCAAUGUGGAGUGCGUACUGUUGCUGCCACGGUGUCGGUUGUGCGGUCCGCCGUACCUCCCGUGGCUCCCUCUGCCCCCGUUUUGGCGGUUUGCUGGUCGGUAGCUUUGGCGGCUGCUGCUGCUGCUGCUGCCGCUGCUGCUGCCGCUGCUGUUGUUGCUGGUUCGGCUCCUGUUGCUCACACUCCUGCUGUUGGUGCUGCUGCUGCUGCUCCUGCUGCUGCUCCUGCUGUUGCUGCAGCUGCUGCUGCUGCUGCUGCUGCUGCUGCUGCUGCUGCUGCUGCUGCUGCUGCUGCUGCUGCUGCUGCUGCUGCUGCUGCUGCUGAUGUUGCUGCUGCUGCUGCCGCUGUUGUUGAUGUUGUUGCUGCUGCUGCUGCUGCAGCUGUUGCUGUAGCUGCUGCUGCUGUUGCUGUUGUUGCCGCUGCUGCAUCUGCUGCUGCUGCUGUUGUUGCUGUAGCUGUUCUUGCUCCUGUUGCAGGUGUCCUAGUUCCUGCUGCUCCCCCGCCUGCUUGUGUUGCUGCUGUUGCUGGAACUGUCGCUGCUGCUGCUGCUGCUGCUGCUGCUGCUGCUGCUGCUGCUGCUGCUGUUGUUGCUGCUGCUGCUGCUGCCGCUGCAGUUGUUCCUGGUCUUGUUGCAGCAGUAUUUGUUCCCGCUGUCCUUCCGCCUGCCUUGGCUGCUGCUGCUGCUGCUGCUGCUGCUGCUGCUGCUGCUGCUGCUGCUGCUGCUGCUGCUGCUGCUGUCGCUGCUGCUGCUGCUGCUGCUGCUGCUGCUGCUGCUGCUGCUGCUGCUGCUGCUGCUGCUGCUGCUGCUGCUGCUGCUGCUGUUGCUGCUGCUCCUCCUGAUUUUGUUCCUGCUGCUGUUGCUGCUGAUCCUGCUGCUCCUGUGGCAAGUAGGAGGUCAUUAACGAGGCUGCUUGUGACAACGAAUACCUCUCCCAAUUUCAUCGAGGUCGGCUCCAGCGGUCCUGCUCUAACUUCUCUAGCACUCACCCUUGUUACAGUGGGGUGUUCUGCCGCACGUGUAGCAGUUCCGGUGUUGGUCCCUGCUGCCUUGCCUCCCUCCUCCCUGUUCCUUUUGGCGUUUAUUGCUGCUGAUAUAGGUGCUACAGUUCUCUGUGCUGGGCCGGCUGCAUAUGUCCCCGUCACCACUUCCCUAUCUUUACCCCCUCUGCCCCUCAGUGCUGCAGCUGCAGCGGGGCGCUGUUCAUUCCGUGCUUCCCCUGCCGCAUCCGUACCCGUAUCCCCCGCCCCCUUCAAACCUCCCCUACCGUCGUUCCCAGCCGUCUGCACGAGUAGGCUGCUUGUGCUUCCCACCUGUUGCAUUCCCGGCAUCGGGCUGAAGGGUAGGGUUGUCGCCGGAGCCUCUGGGCACGGCGAUGGGGCAGUAGGAGUCGGUGCAUGGGCGAGUGGAGAUGCCGAUGCUGGAUGUGAUUCUUUUGGAGGGGAGCUUGCUGAGGAGAUUACAUUGAGAACAGCCGUAGCUCCUCUGAUAGUCUCGGUGACAAGGGCCUCGGUUCCAGGUGAAGGUGCCGUUGCUGCAGUGGCGUCACGAGCGUGUGUGCCUGCUUCCCCGCCAAGUUUCCCUCCCAACAGUCCCUCAGCCGCGCCCAGGUCCCUCUGGCCUGUGUCGUUCGUGCCUGACGGCCUUGGCGCAUCUGGUGGCGCUGCUGCAGGUGUUGCUAUGGCUGAAGGCGCUGGCGUGAUAGUAGCGCCAUUUCUGCUCGCCGGCGUGUGCGCACCUGCUCCGCUGCCUAUCUCUCCGUCAAAUCCCUCUCCUGAUGCCGUCCAGCCGUCACCCCCAGCUCCUGAGUCGUGUGAGCGCUCAGAAGCUGCGAAUUCUGCUUCUUCCAUUCUCUCCUGCCGCCCCUCCAAAUUCCCCUCCACAGCUUCCCCCUCGCUGUUCGUGAGCUGCGCUUGCCUGGCGCGCAGCAGGUCCCGUGUCAGCGUCGCAGUGAAAGCGGCGCCAAGGCGCCUCCUGACCGUUUUCAGUGGGGAAUGCAGUGGGCGGCCUUGGCGUGUGUUUGAUCGCGUGCCUAGGUAA